AUGUUAAUAGAUCAAAAACAUCGUUACGACAAUAUCAUAACAGACAUAAAAAGAACAUAUGCCAACGAAUUGGACAAAAUAUCGAAACUUCAUUCCAAUGAAAUCUCAAAACUCAAAGAUCAGGUUCGUCAACUCGUUUCAAACAAUGAAUCAAAUAUUAGACCCCCAAAUGAACCAGCUCGGAACUAUUCUAACCUUCAAUUAAUAGCUCCACCAGUUCAAACUUCACUAAGUCAACUUCGCGAAAAUGAAUAUUCCCAAACAAGGGCGCGAAAAUCAUUCAUUGAACGCCUGAAAUUAAUCCCAGUUUUCAAAGGUGAAUCAUAUAAAACCUUACAAGAAUUUAUCGGCGUCUCCGAUACAUUGUUCGCUUCAAUCUCCAACAAUGCCGAACAAGACGAAUUUAUCCAAACAAUUUUCCUAAAACUUCGUAACGAAGCCGCAAGAAUAAUUAAUUAUAAUAACCCAAAUUGGAAUGAAAUCAAACAAGAUUUGUUGAACGAAUUUUCACAUCUUCUCAAUAAAAGCAUAAUUAACAGUACGCUCGAAAAUCUUCGUCAGGGGAAUUCUGAAUCUCUGAUAGAUUAUGCACAAAGAACUCGUCAAUGUUUAAACGAAAAAUUAAAUGCUUACCAAAUUAUAACACCGGAACAAAAAGAAGACUAUGAUCGUUUAGCACGAAAAGCUUUCGCAAGAGGCAUAAUUGAUGCCAAACUACGAGACCGUUUAUUUACUCGUGGUUCGAAUUCUCUCCAAGAUUCUAUUGCAUACGCAAUCGAUGCCGAAAAUGAAACCAUCAAUAAUAUUCAUAGCAGUGAACUGUUCUGCAAAUAUUGUAAAACAAUUGGUCAUCGCGAAAAAGAUUGCAGAAAAAAACAAAAUCAAAGCGGCAUCGGUCAAUUAAUCAAUGCUCUUCAAUCGACACGAUUGUGGAACAAUAAUUCAAAUAAUUUUAAUAGCUCGAACAACUUCAAUCGUCAAAAUAAUAACAACAACUUUAACAAUCAAUCGCAAAAUUAUAACAAUCAAAACUGGAAUCAAAAUUAUCAAAACAAUAAUCGCGAUUACUCCAACAACAAUAACAAUUAUAACCAAAAUAACAAUCGGAAUUACCAAAACGAUAAUCGCAACUACCAAAUAUCAAAAUAA